AUGAUGUUACCAAGCCCGGUCACCUCCACCCCUUUCUCAGUUAAAGACAUUUUGAAUCUGGAGCAGCAGCGGCACUUCCACGGAGCUCACUUGCAGGCGGAAUUAGAGCAGCACUUCCACUCGGCGCCCUGCAUGCUGGCAGCGGCUGAAGGGACGCAGUUUUCUGAUGCAGGGGAGGAGGACGAGGAAGAAGAGGGAGAGAAACUAUCCUAUUUGAACUCACUAGCUGCUGCCGAGGGCCAUGGAGAUUCGGGUCUCUGUCCUCAGAGCUAUGUCCAUACAGUUCUCCGAGACGCUUGCAGCGGGCCCAAGGAACAAGAAGAGGAGGUUGUGAGCGAACAGAGCCAAAAAAGCUGCCAGUUGAAGAAGUCUCUGGAAGCGGCUGGAGACUGUAAGGCGAGCGAGGACAGCGAGAGGCCGAAGCCACGUAGCCGCCGGAAGCCGCGGGUGCUCUUCUCGCAAGCUCAGGUCUUCGAGCUGGAGCGCAGGUUCAAGCAGCAGCGGUACCUGUCGGCUCCAGAGCGCGAGCACCUCGCCAGCAGCCUGAAGCUCACGUCCACGCAGGUGAAAAUCUGGUUCCAGAAUCGCAGGUACAAAUGCAAGAGACAGCGGCAGGAUAAGUCCCUGGAGUUGGGGACACACGCGCCGCCGCCGCCACCCCGCCGCGUGGCAGUGCCGGUGCUCGUGCGGGACGGCAAGCCGUGCGUCACGCCCAGCGCACAAGCCUACGGCUCGCCCUACGGCGUGGGCGCCGGCGCCUACUCCUACAACAGCUUCCCCGCCUACGGCUACGGGAACUCGGCCGCCGCGGCCGCUGCAGCCGCCGCCGCUGCCGCCGCAGCUGCGGCUUACAGCGGCAGCUACGGCUGCGCCUAUCCUACCGGCGGCGGCGGUGGUGGCGGCGGCACAGCCUCCGCGGCGACCACCGCCAUGCAACCCGCCUGCAGCGCCACCGGCGGCGGAUCCUUUGUGAACGUGAGCAACCUGGGAGGCUUUGGCAGCGGCGGCGGCGCGCAACCCUUGCAUCAAGGUGCGGCAGCCGGGGCCGCGUGCGCGCAGGGGACUUUGCAAGGCAUCAGGGCUUGGUAAGGUCUGGGCGGGACACGCGGCGGGCAUCCUACCGCACGCUGGGCGCCGCGGGAAUGAGACACGAGAAAGGACAGACCCAAGGGCCAGGUCCCCUCGUUAAAAUAAAAUACAGACGUAUCGCUCCUUCCAAGGGGCCAGAGUCGCAGCACACUCCAGGCCUGGGGCAUGGGACUCAGCGGAGAAAGAACGCCCUGGUCCAGUCGUCAAGACUGUCUGAGACAGAAACACCGACCAGGCUCCAGGGAAGAGGUGGCCUCCCACCCUGACUCUGCGGGGAGUGCGGGAGGCUGGGGCUCUGGCUGUCGCUUGCUCUCCGGAGGAGGAGGAGGAGGAGGAGAGCUUUUCUCUUCCUGCCUUCCCUUGGCCUUCUCCAAGUGUGGUCCGGGAACCGGACCGAACAAGGGGGGGGGCGGGAAAGAAAG